UAUCCAUUUUCAAUGAUAAUUGGUAUUCCACUUCGUGAUUGUCUUGUAUCAUCAAAACUUAUUGGAAUAAAAACUAGUUUGAAUGAAUUUAUUGCUUAUCAAGAACUUGGUAAAAUACGUCAAUUACGUAAUGAACUUAUAUUAAAUAAUACAUUUCCAUUAUAUUUAAAUGGUACAUUAACAUUACCAAAUGAUGUUCCUAUGUUAUGGGAUGAUACUUCACCGAUUAUUUUAACUUAUGCUUUAUGUGGCUUUGCUAAUUUUGGUUCGAUGGGUAUUGCAUUAGCAACACUUGGAGUUUUUGCUCCUACACGAAAACGUGCUUUAACAAAAAUUGCACCACGUGCUUUGAUUGCUGGUAGUAUGGUUUCAUUAAUGACAGCAUCGAUUGCUGGCCUACUUUAUGAUACUCGACAUGUAACAGUACCAAUAUUAAAUUUAAAUUCUACACAUGUAUAGAUUCAAGGUUUUUUUUCUUUUGCUAAUAUCUGUGCUCUGACUAUGAAUGAUUUAUUAUUUUAUUUUAAUUGAUUAUCAAUAGGAUUAUUUAUUUGAUUUGUCGAUAAUUAAAAAUGAACUUUUCUUAAGAUAUUACCUUGCACAUCUAUUUAUAAAACUUUAUGAUAACAAUCUUAAUUGAUAAUAUGUCAGUUUGUUUAAAAACGAAAAUAGUUCUUAUCAAGAUGCUCUCAGCAUAAAAAAAAUUCCUAUGAAAAUCAAACAUAAUUCAUAUAAUAAAAAUUCCAGACAAUUUCACAUAGAUUAUGUUAUCAUAUUGAUUUGCUCGAUGAUGUCAAAUAUCAAACAGAAACCGAAAUGCAUUGUGUUUAAAUUAACCUAUCGCUCCCAUGAUGGUUUCAUAAGAGUCACUAAUAAAAAAACUACUGCAAUAGAGUAUUAGACUCUUCAGUAGUUCGACAGUGUAGGCAAAACAAUUAAAUAUGCCUUCCUAUGUGGAGGGUAAUUUGGCAAUUCCAGUUGUCAUUUUAUGUCGUACAAUCUCUUGCUGAAGUGACUCGUGUGAAAAUUUUUUGAAAUGCAUUUUAUUCUAUAACAGCAACUUCCGUCGACAUUUUGCCAUCUGGUAACUUAGAGCUUUCUCUAUACACAAUGUGCACGGAGUUUUUUAAUAAUUUGCGUUCUGCAUUUCCUGAAAUGUUUCCAAACAUGGUAAUUCUAAUUGCAAUUAGUCUGCACAGAGAUCGACAGGGUAGCUAAAAAGCCACUUCGUCUUAUCAAAAAAUGAUUGAAAGGCGAGUUUUUGUUGAAAAUUUUUCGAGCAUCCAUAUUAAGUACAUACUGUCACAAAUCUGCAUAUAUUUGACUAUUUGGAUCGUUUUCAACUAGAUUAAAAAAGUUCUCAUAGCUAUCAAUUACACAUGGCAGUGAAAUGUUUUCGUGUGCAUGAACUUAAAUGGAAGCAUGUUACUAGGUCAAAAAUAGUGAGCUUCACACGUAAACUCCAAAUUUGGAACCCACUUACGCAUUCAUAUUUUACCCAUCAUUGGGAGUCCAUGUCUUAUUAUUUAGCACAGACCCUUAGACCUUCAAGGGAUGUCAUGGGUGUGAGUGUGGAAUGUGAGUACAGGGUGUGAGUGUGGGUGUGGGCAUAUUUCACCUUAAAUCACGCCGA